AUGUUGGGAAAUCACGAUAGUACCAUGACAUAUAUUCCAACACCUGGACAGUUCUUUGUGACUAAGGGUAUCAAGCAUACUUAUUCCCGUUCCUCUUCUCCUCAGCAAAAUGGUGUUGCUGAGCGAUUGAAUCGCCCUUAUUUGAAAGCCAAGUCUAUCUUUUUAUCUCUGCUCCUAAUACUUAUGGGUUCAAAUACUGAAACUGGUGUUUUGUUGGGUAUUCUUUGGAUCAUUACAGCUUAUCGAGUUCUUCUUGAUUCAAGCAUUGUUGAAGCCAGGAGUGUUUACUUUGAUGAGUCCAAGUUUCCAUUUAUGAAAAGUGAUAAGGACUUGUCUAUUAAUGGUACUGGUGUUGGGUUUAGUGUUGGUUCUGGUUCAGGGUCCAUUUUUGGGUCUCAUAGAUCUUUACCAGCAUCCUCAUCUGGUUCUGGUUCUGGUUCUGGUUCUGGUUCUAUUUGUGCUUUACCGUCUCCGUCUCCGUCUUCUUCUCCUUCUCAUUCUCCGUCGGCGCCUCCUUCUUCUUCUUCUUCUUCUAUUAUUGUUCAUAAGCCUCGUUCUGUUCGUCGCAUUUUGUCUACACCUUCUGCUCCUCUUGAGUCUCCUACUCUUCCUUCUAUUCCUUCUGUUCCAUCUCUUCCUAGUUCUCCUAUUCUUCCACCUUCAGAUCAUGAUGUCUCUAUCUCUCCUGACUCAAGUCCUAUUGUUUCUCCUUCGGAAUAUAUUCCUUCACAAUUAGACUUAUCUGAAGCUGGUCCAUCUAUUAAUGAAUCUGAUAUUUCAGGUGAUUCUGGGAUCUCGCAACGAGGGGGUGAUAUUGGGUUUCAACCGUCUAUCAUUGCUUCGUCUCCCAUUCCACCACCUUCUGUUGAAUUGGAAGUAGUGCCACUUAGUCAAGAAUCUCCUUCGUCUGAUCUUGUUAAUUCUCUUGACCAAGCUGGUAACGGUCAGCGAGAUCAAUUUGACGAUGAACAGGAGAUCGGCAGAUGUCCCCAUAGACUGGCGUUGUUCUUUGAAUGGGUCUCAGAUGUUGAGUGGGCAACAGAACUUCCAGUGCUGGCUGACUCAAAAGGAUGGGGGUCCUUCAUUGACUCUGAGUGUUUCCGUGAUUAG